GCAAGGCACUGUAUAUGGAAUGCAGCCACGUACGUUAUCACAUCCCACUACCCACUACUCUGCACUGAACGGUGACUUUCAAGUUCAAGGUUGAAUUAAUUUGACUUUGGGUUAUAGUAGCGAUGUGAGACUACCAAUUUCAUGUGAUCAGUUGUAUUUGUUUAGUUACAAGUACUGGAACUGGUUGUUGUAUGUUAUAUAAAUCUUGUGUGUGUUGAGUCUUACAUUUAUUUUGUCCAGAGUGAAAUGCAGAUAUGUCAAUGUGAUUGGUUGGUUGAUUGAUGUGUGUAUUGUCUCCAGUCAGAUGUGAUGCAGUUGAAUGAGACUGAAGCUCUUCAUGGAUGUGCUGAAUGGGACCAAAGCUGUUUUGCUGGUGCCCAGAUCGGUGCACUGUCUACGUCUGGGAUCCAUGAUGACUACCCUGCUGCUGAUCCUGCUCAAACAGUGGAGAAGUGUGGUGGCCACGACCUCUGACGUGUUGUUUCCCCUCUCUCUGAUCCUGGAGAGUGUCCUGCAGACCGACCAGCAGCUGAUGGCAAAGACCAAGGCCUCUGCUCUCAUCUCUGCGCUGCAGAUGCAGGGCCUCGAUGGUGGUGAGAUCUGCCAACUUCCCCAGCUACUGCUGUGUGUGUGUGAGACUGUGCAGGACGAGGCACUGGCACUGAUUGACAGCACGCAUCACACGGCCCAGGCAGGGGAUGUCCCCGAGGACGCGUCCAGAAGGACCAGAGGGACGGGUGUGUUUGCUGGUGUUACACCUGGCUAUGGAGCUGUGUCGUGACGACGAGGAACACUGGGUUCUAGUGAUGAGGAAGGUUCCCGUUCUCCACUCGGUUCUCAGCACUCUAGAACUGAGCCUGUGAUCCAAACACAACCUCUACUUUACUGAUGGCUGCCCUGCAUCUGCUUCUCCCGCUGGCCCGCACGCCACAGCCAUUGAGCAUGUUCUGUGCCCUGUCCUCCAGGGGGCAGCAGCAGUAGCCGGGGCCAGCGUCAUCCAGAGCAUCUGUCUCCCUCUGCUCAGUGCCUAUGCAGUGCCCUCCAAUGGAGCCUCACAGGUAACACACAUCCACAACAUGGCUGCAAAUGGUGCCAUUUAGGAUGCGGCACAUGACAUAAAAGCAUUGAUAUAAAAUGGCUAAAUUACCUAAGUGAUGAUGAGUCUGAACGGGAUGCAGUUGGUCACUGGGUUACGGGUCACAUUCUGUGUCUCUGGGUUCAGUUCCCCACAGCACGUGCAUUUUCAGUUGAAGACAUAAAGGCAUUUGUCUGAAGAGGGAAUUACAUAGGAUGCAUCCCGAAUGGCACACUAUUCCCUACAUAGUGCACUACUUUUGACCAGAGCCCAAUAGGCCGUGGUCAAAAACAGAAUUGUUAUUAUAACGUUAGCUUCUCUCCAUCUCCCUGAUCAGGGUUUCUCCCGUAAGUCCCAGGACUCUCCCUGCUGGCCUGGGGUGUACCGCCUCUUUAUGUCCCUAAUGGAAAGCCUGCUCAAGACGCUACAACUUCAUCAACAAGGCCCCCAACUCAUCCGGAGGUGAAAAUAGUGCCCGUGAUGUAGAGAGUAGGUCUUCCCCGGGUAGAAGAGCAGCUUCAUCUUGUUGAGCUUGAGGUGGUGGCCCGACAUCCAAGCUAAGUUGUCUGCCAGGCAUACAGAGGUGUGUGUCGCCACCUGGGGGGGAAGGAGAAAUGUAGUUGCGUGUCAUCUGCAUAGCAACGAUAGGAGAGACCAUGUGAGUGACGCAGCCGCGUGACUUGGUGAAUAGAGAACAGAAGAGAGGGCCUGGGGACACCAGAAGUGAGCGCAUGUGGUGCAGACACCGAUCAUCUUCAUGUCACCAUGUAGGACAGGACUGCCAGGUAGGAUGCAAUCCAUGAAUGUGCAGAGCCUGAGACGCCCAGCCCUGAGAGGGUGGAGAGGAGGAUCUGAUGGUUCGCGGUGUCGAAGGCAGCAGAUGGAUGUAGGAGGAUGAGAUUUUAAAUUUUAUUUAUAAUUUUUAUUUAUUUUUUCCAUUCUUUGCAGAUUAAUCUGUGUUACCUUUGCCAGAUGUGCACGUACCUCCUCCACAACAAUCACUGAUUGAAUAAAGGUAACAUCCAAACUGUUAUUAUUUCCAUGUAUUUUACCUGAUGUCUUCCGUUGUUUCCCAGGCUAAGAAUGGGGAGGCGCUGGCCCCCAAGCCCAGAGGGCUCAUCAGACCCCCUCCUAAGCUGAAGCCGGAGGUGGGGUAGAGGAGAGGGUGGAGGUGGAGCAGAAGGCCCUGCUGGUAGUGCAGUCUGCUGAAGAUCCUUAGUAAGUCUGGCCGCACUUAUUUAUAUAUUUAUAUUUUAUUAGGAUUCCUAUUAGCUGAUGCCAUAACUAGGGCUGUGGCUGUCAUGACAUUUUGUCAGCUGGUGAUUGUCAAGCAAAUAACUGCCGGUCUCACGGUAAUUGACCGUUAAUUAGCCACCCUUUGCCUUAACAGCUUUGCACACUCUUGAGAUUCUCU